UUUUGCCAAUUGUUGAAAUAGCCCUGUGUCGUACACGACUUGACCACGGAAAAAAUAGAACCUCAAUUGGUUCCGGAGCCGGCUCAAGAAGAACUCGGAUCCGAACUCUGGUCGACUCUCUCAGGGCGGUGUCUCGGGUUCUCCAAAGGGAAGGAGGCUUGCUCUGACUGCAGAUCGAUCGGUCGCACAUUUGGUGUGUACUGUACGGAAAACUCCGUUCUGAGUCAAGCACUUCGGAGGCGAGGACGGGUUGAUCGUUGUUUGUGGCUGACCGGGAUCGUGAUACACUAUACAGAGUGUAAUCCGCACGAAUUGCACGCCAUCCUGUCUUGGCAGAAGCAGCGGAGGGAAGAUUUGGCAAGGCACGGCCAAAGGUUCUAAGAAUCAUAGGCCGAUCAGCGGAAGUCCCGAAGCGAUGACCAGUCUAGAGUCUUUGAGACCGGGCGCGGACCCGAACAGGCCCGUUCAUGUUGUCUUUGUCGGCGCGGGAGCCGUUGGGUGUUUCUACGCCUCACGGUUACACCAUCCAUCCCACAACAUCCACGUCUCGCUCAUAGCCCGCUCCAAUUACAAGGCCCUCGCCGAGAAUGGCGUCCAGCUGCAAACCCGCACGUUUGGCGACUAUGUCUUCCGCCCGCACGCCGUCUUCCCCUCGGUAGCCGCUGCUGCCGUCAACCCGCAGUCGGCGGGCGCUGGGCCCCGCGAGUGGGACUACAUCAUCGUCACCACCAAGGCCCUGCCCGACCGCUCCGACGACAGCGCCCUCAUCGCGCCCCUGGUGGGGCCCAACUCCUGCAUCGUGCUGAUCCAAAACGGAGUCGGCGUCGAGCAGCCCUACCGUGCCCGCUUUCCGACCACGCCCAUCAUCAGCGCCGUGACCGUCAUCUCGGCCGAGCAGACGUCCCCCGGGACGAUCCGCCAGAACCGCUGGACCCGCAUCCACCUCGGUCCCUACUCCAACUCAGCCUCCUUUUCCUCCUCCUCCCCCUCCUCCUCCUCUCCGUCACCACCACCACCACCACCACCACCAUCAUCAUCAUCAUCAGGGGCCCACGCUCCCAAAGAAGGUCAUGAUGACGCAACUGGUGCGCUAACCCCGACCGACUCCUCCCCCCGCGAAAGUAGCCCUGCAGGCACCGAAGGCAACGGCGACAGCGACGAGGCGAUGAUCAGCCGGCUCCAGGCCGUCGGCAGCCAUCGCGCGGCGAUCCUGGCGGACUGGUGGGCGCGCCUGGGGGGCAUCCGGGAUGUGGAGCUGGCGGAGGACGAGCUGGCGCUGCAGGCGAUCCGGUGGCACAAGCUGUGCAUCAACGCGGCCUUCAACCCGUCGGCGGUGCUGUCCGGGGGCCGCGGCAACGCCGACAUGGUGCGCGACCCGGAGCUGAGGCGGCACCUGGCCGGGGUGAUGCGCGAGAUCUGGGAGGCCGCGCCCCGGGUGCUCGGCGGGCGCCGGUUCCCGCCCUCGGCCGCCGGCCCGGAGCGCAUCCUGGCCAGCACCGAGCGCAACGUCGGCGCCCGCCCCAGCAUGCUGCUCGACUGGGAGGCCGGCCGGCCCAUGGAGGUCGAGGUCAUCCUCGGGAACCCCCUGCGGAUCGCGAGGGCCCGCGGCGUCGAGAUGCCCCGGCUACAGACGAUCUACGCGCUCGUGAGGAGCAUGCAGGAGGUCAGGGACAGGAAGAAGAGGGAAGGGAAACUGUGAAAACAAAAAAAAAAGUGGGGGGGGGAAGAACUGGCAGGGUGUCGGGGCCGUUGUGUCUGGCCGGCAUUGCUUCUGACUUAGUCUGGUCACACCCCAACCGGAGCUACAACUGUAUGCGGCUUUUCUUUGGCUGUUUCUGCUAUUUUGUGUUUGGUUUUGCCUUAUCGGGGAGUGAUGAUGAUGCCGCUGCAAAUGUAUUUGUGCAUGUUCUGAAGAUUUUUUUUUUUUGGUUUUUUUUAGGCAAGGGAGAGAACUAGUAGAAAAGGAAAAGCAUACCUAACGAAGAAACAGAGAGUGUGACUGACCCUCCUCACCCACCUCUCUCCAUCCUGUCUUCUUCUUCUUCCUC